CCCUUCCAGAAGCGUCCAUUACUAUAGCCAAGGGUUUAGGCAAAACCUUAAAUAAAGACGGCAGACAUUUGAACAAAGCAACAGGAAAAAAUUCGGGAAGUUUAGGGUUUUAGCAUUCAUCGAUGGCGAAGAGGCUGAUCCCCUGCUUUAACAGAAUUUUGGUAGAGAAAGUUGUGAUUCCAAACAAGUCCACUGGGGGGAUUUUGCUUCCUGAGAGCUCCCACAAGUUGAACUCAGGAAAGGUCGUAGCGGUUGGUACUGGUGCGCGAAACAAGGAAGGUAACACCAUUCCCAUUAGCCUGAAGGAAGGUGACCAUGUUCUUCUUCCGGAAUAUGGUGGAACUGAGGUGAAACUAGGAGAAAAAGAGUUCCACUUGUACCAGGAGGAUGACAUCCUUGGCAUUUUCAAGGACUGAGUUUUGUUAGAUCACGAUAUAAAGUUUUGAUUUGCAUAGUUGGCAAUAAUUGCCUGGUCAAGCAAGUUAGGCCAUCUGGGGGUUGAGGAAGUCAGCUUAGAAAUGAGCGGGUUUAUGAAAUGAAGAUUUAGUUUUCUUUUUAGUUAAUGGAACUUCUGCAAGGAGUGUUGGGAUAAAGCAGAACUUUGUCAUUAAUUGACAUUUUGCCUUAAUGAAGUUAUCUUUCUUUGAAAAGUUAGUUUUGGGAAUAAGGAUAACUCUAUCAGGCAAAGUGCAGGGCACAUGCAUGGUCUUAGUUCAUAAGUGGCAACCAUAAAAUUGUUUGAUAAUCAAUUAACAAAUUCAUUUCUGUGUC